ACUUUAAGGGUUGCUAUGGACGCGCGGGCGUUAGUCCGGAAGUAAGUCGCAGUUCUCGGGAGGACCCGCCCCAUCCUGCAUGCAGCUAGGCCUGCGGGAUGGACGAUGAGCCGCGGAAGGGGGCAAGCGCGGUAAAGAUGGGCCGACGAGCUCAGCAAGAUUCCUACUCAGAGGAAAAUCAUCUCAGCCAGACCUACUCUUCAGCUGGAGAGGGUCCUCCAUCUAUACCAGCUCGCCGGCAAGGAGGAUGGGCAAGCGAUGCUGUUGUAAGUGCCUCCAAGUCAGGAAAGAAACAUGCAGAGCAAGAAGUUGAAGAUCACCGCCUGAGGCAGCAGAGCCUGGAGGCCUCUGAUGAUGGAGAAGAUAUUCCAGUGAUCCCUGACUUGGAAGAAGUUCAGGAGGAAGAACUAGCCAUGCAGGUGGCAGCUCCACCGAGCGUCCAAGUGAAUAGAGUGCUUACCUACCGGGACCUGGACAAUGACCUCAUGAAAUAUGCUGCUUUCCAAACCUUGGAUGGAGAUAUUGAUCUAAAGCUCCUCACUAAAGUUUUGGCCCCAGAGCAGGAAGUGCGAGAGGAUGAUGUCAGCUGGGACUGGGAUCAUCUCUACACAGAGGUGUCUUCAGAGCUUCUGAGCGAGUGGGACUUGGGACAGGCUGAUAGGGAGGAGGCUCUCACUCCCACUUAGGCUUUGGUUAGAGGGCUGCACUACUGCCAACCACAGAGGCACAACUGUAGAUUAGAACCACAUUUUUAAAAUAUAUGUUUUAUGUCCGAGGUGUUAUUUUGGUCCAUAUAAUAAAGGGAAGCAUUGGCUUUCUCAGAAGACUGGUUUAAUAGAACUUGUCAGGGAUUUUGUGCUUGAUGUAUUUUUCUCUAAUUAUUUUUUAGUGCACACAAUAAAUUACGUAUGAAAUAAA